CACGUGCGGGUGGAAAUCAGGGUUGGAUGUGUGUGUGUGUGAUGUGGUGGGGCUGAGGAGGGGUAUAAAAACUCACAGGCAUCUAGACUCGGGCUGCACAGUGUGGACCGACAACUUGCCGCAAGCCACGCGCGUCCAGAGGCUGCGACUACGUCCUCGCGCCGUGCAGUUCAUCUACGUCCUCGCGCCGUGCAGUUCUUCUACUUCCUCGCGCCGUCCACUUCGGUGACACACUAGUCCAGGUCAUUUACCUGACUCAUCAGCAGUCUGCCAGCAGGCGAAACACCGCGAUCUUGGAACGCAACCUCACUGGAACGCAAAAGAACUUUCUCACCUGAGGAAAAAAACCAACUGAAGUUAGAAGUACUCUCCGUGCAACACCUCGCGAACUCUCGCGCCUUGCAGAUUUCCUGGCUUUCUCAUCCAGCCCGACUGGCACUAGUACACCUGCGCUCAAGGUUUUUUCAAACAGACCUGGCAGCAGCUCGGGGAAGGCCUCACUGCCUGUGUGAAGCAGGUUGAAGUCAAGUUUCAGGUGUUGAAGAAUGACAAGGUCGGGUAACUGGCCACAUCGCCAACGUCACUGCCGUCGCCAUGGAAACCGGACUGAGCAGUGAGGCGCCUAUGCGCGUGCUGGAGUGGGCCGUGUUCAGCGCUCACCCCGCCCGCCUGCACUGCUGCUUCUCCAGCAGGGACGGGCAGCACACGUGCGACCCCCAGCAGGUGCUGGACCUCACCGACCCCUCCCAGACCGAGGACCUGGCGGUACAUCUCGUCAGCGAUGACAUCGUGUUGCGCGUGAACACUUGCGAGGAACUGUGUCACGUGGUAUGGCGGCUACAGCAACAACUGCUGCUGACGAGGGUGACGGUGUACCACACGGAGAUAGCCAGUCGUCACAGCGUGGAGACGGUCACGAUCAUAGAAGAUGACUUCGCGGUUCUCCUCAACUUCUCCCAUCCUGCCUUGAGCUGGCAGCUCGCCAAGGCUGCGCACCGCGCGCUGGAAUGCAUGUCACGUGACAGGAACUUUUGCCUUGAGAUCGACCUGACAGACGUGCUGCUGGACUGGUACAUGCUGAACCGCGACGCCAUCACCAGCUGUGACGACAUCCACAACCUCCGCACGCGCAGGACCCGAGUGUGCGUCACCAACCACAGCGCCUACAGCCACCAGUUCGACUGCAGCCCCAAGUGGAUCGUCUUCCUGUGCCUGUGCUGGAUCGUCUUUGUGCCUUGUUAUAUCGCUUUCCGCAAACUCACCUGUUCAGACAUUCGUGUCAAGAUCAGUUGUGAUGUCGUCGGUGCAGGAAGUGUUUGCGUGUCCAGUGAACAGUCCAGGUGAACACUUAGUAGUAACACAGAACAAGGCCAAGACAUACAGCAGCGUCUAAAUGCAUCACCGGAAGCACUUGUCGCAAGAUCACGUGACCGCAUUGCAUCCUGGGAAGGCAAACUACUCGCAGAGGCCAACAGCUAUUCAAACCGUCAAGGGCUGUGCCCCUUCUGGCGAUGGAGCAAAGGCUGCGAAGGAAGGCACAUUAAAACCCGUUAUCUUGUUAAAGAAAGAAACAGUUCUUGUGAAACUGAAGGCGAGGAGAGAAUUUUUUUCAAAGUAGUAAUGAUUGCUUUUCUCCCGGUGACACCUUGCACGUAGCAAACCAAAAACAAAA